GAGGAGUGACGUCGCUUCCGGUCCUGCGCGAGGCGGCUGGGGCCGUUCUCCCUCUUCCGUUGGUGCCGGGCGCCAUCUUGGUUGUGAGGCGGCGGGCCGCCAUCAUGCUGUCCUCCCUCUCCUCCCUGUCGUCGCUCUCCUCCCUCUCCGCCGCCACCUUCGCCGCCUUCGCCGCCCCGUUCCCGGAGCUCGAGCGGGAGGCGGAGGCGGAGGCGGAGGCGGGCAGCCUGGCCGGACCCGUCCGCCUGCGUUUCUCCCCCUACGCCUUCAACGGAGGGACCGUCCUGGCAAUUGCCGGAGAAGACUUUUCUAUCGUUGCCUCUGACACACGACUGAGUGAAGGUUAUUCGAUUCACAGCCGGGACAACCCCAAGUGUUACAAACUGACGGACCGGACGGUCAUUGGAUGCAGUGGCUUUCAUGGAGACUGCCUGACGCUCACCAAAAUCAUUGAAGCAAGAUUAAAGAUGUACAAACACUCCAACAACAAGACCAUGACCACCGGGGCCAUUGCGGCCAUGCUAUCCACUAUCCUGUACUCGAGGCGCUUCUUCCCGUACUACGUGUACAACAUCAUCGGGGGCCUCGACGAGGAAGGGAAGGGCGCGGUGUACAGCUUCGAUCCCGUCGGCUCGUACCAGAGGGACAGCUUCAAGGCCGGAGGCUCGGCAAGCGCCAUGCUCCAGCCACUGCUGGACAAUCAGAUCGGUUUCAAGAACAUGCAGAACGUGGAGCACGUUCCCCUGACCUUGGGAAAGGCCUUGCAGCUGGUCAAAGACGUUUUCAUCUCUGCCGCCGAGAGGGACGUGUACACGGGGGACGCCCUGAAGAUCUGCAUUGUCACCAAAGACGGCAUCCAGGAGGAGACCAUCUCGCUUCGGAGGGACUAGCUGCCGAGGGGACGGGGGGAGGGGGGUGGGCUGUACCGCACACAGCCGGCAUUUUGGCAGCGCCUCACCGCUUGUAACGUUGAGUCGCAUUCAGGUUAUAUUAAAAGCGUGAGCUGGGAA